UCGUCCAUUUUCGCUUGAUCAGUGGAGAAGCUAACGGGACAACAUGGCGACGCAGGCGGCCCGGUACUACAGCGAGGGAGGCAGGGCGUCCAAACGCCAGAAAACGGACAACGACGGGAGCAUGGCGAGUGAGGGCUAUGAUGACCCCCACAAACCCCUCCCAUCCCUUGUCGUCCAUGUAAGAGGUCUGGUGGAUGGUGUUUUGGAAGCAGAUCUUGUUGAAGCCCUGCAGGAAUUUGGAACCAUUAGUUAUGUAGUGCUGAUGCCCAAAAAGCGCCAAGCCCUGGUGGAAUACGAGGACAUGAGUGGUUCUUGCAAUGCGGUGACCUAUGCCAACGAUAACCAGAUUUAUAUUGCUGGAAACCCUGCCUUUGUGAAUUACUCCACCAGUCAGAAGAUUUCCCGUCCCGGUGAUCCCGAUGACUCUCGCAGUGUUAAUAAUGUUUUGCUAUUCACAAUCAUGAAUCCUAUUUAUCCCAUCACCACGGACGUGCUCUAUACCAUUUGCAACAAUUGCGGGCCAGUUCAAAGAAUUGUCAUCUUCAGGAAAAAUGGUGUCCAGGCCAUGGUAGAAUUUGAUUCAGUCCAGAGUGCUCAGAGGGCCAAGGCCUCUCUGAACGGUGCUGAUAUAUACUCAGGCUGUUGCACACUCAAGAUUGAAUAUGCUAAGCCAACACGUCUCAAUGUUUUCAAGAAUGAUCAGGACACAUGGGACUACACAAAUCCUAACCUGAGCAGCCAAGGUGCAGACGCUGAUGGCAAUGGGGGCGAUCCAGAUAUGAAUCCCAACCCCAACAAGCGUCCGAGGCAGCCGGCUCUGCUGGGAGACCACCCUCCAGAGUACGGUGGUUAUCAUGGAUACCAGGACGAUAGUUAUGGUGGCUACGAGGGACGACGUAUGGCUCCAUCCAUGGGCGGUCCACGGCGAGGAGGCGCAAGUCAGCGCUACGGUGGUCAAUACGGUGCCCCUCCUCCACCUCCUGGAGAGUACAGUGCCCAUGCCGAAUCCCCAGUUAUGAUGGUCUAUGGGUUGGAGCCUACCAAAAUAAAUGCGGACAGGGUCUUCAACAUCUUCUGUCUUUAUGGCAAUGUAGAGAGGGUGAAGUUUAUGAAGAGCAAGCCAGGCGCUGCAAUGGUGGAAAUGGGAGACUGCUAUGCUGUAGACCGAGCCAUCUGCCAUCUAAACAACCAUUUCUUGUUCAACCAGAAACUUAAUGUCUGUGUGUCCAAGCAGCAAGCCAUCAUGCCAGGCCAAUCGUACGAGCUAGACGAUGGAAGCAACAGCUUCAAAGACUUCCAUGGCAGUCGGAACAACCGCUUCACUUCCCCAGAGCAGGCAGCCAAGAACCGCAUUCAGCAUCCCAGCAACGUGCUGCACUUCUUCAAUGCGGCCCCAGAGGCCGCCGGGGACGUCUUCUCUGAGAUCUGUGAGGAACUUGGUGUGAAGAGCCCAUCUAACGUAAAAAACUUUGCAGCUAAAGGUGGAGCAUCUUCAGAGAGGAGCUCAUCAGGGCUGCUGGAGUGGGAGUCUGUUAACGAUGCCAUGGAGGCACUUGCUAUGAUGAACCAUUACCAGAUGAAAAACCCUAAUGGCCCCUACCCAUACACACUGAAGCUUUGCUUCUCCACUGCGCAGCAUGCAAACUGAGACUAGUCAUCACGGAGCUCAAGCAUUCCCUCCCUACGGCCACAACUUCACUGUUCCCUGCUCUGUUUUAUCGUCCCGAAUAGGCCCUUCAUAUAGGAAUGUGUUCAGUAACACCAGAUACAUCUUUUUAUUGAGUGAGUCGCAGCACAUGCUGACAGAAAGAACCAGACAAAACUGUCAUAUUAUUGUUUUUAUGGAAGAGGAGGAAGGUUGACAUGCUUUUGUACCAGUAUUUUUUUCUGUUAAUGUAUUUUGUUUUUUAUUGCUUUCCAUUAUUGUUUGUUAGUUGUGUGCUCAGCACCUCACUUUUGGAAGUGUCAUUCUGUAAAGGUGGCUGCAUUUUUCUCCAAUUGUAAAAUAAAAUUAAAUAGCGAUAAUGGA